ACAAAUCCACCCACGGGGUGUAAGUGAGAAGCCACCACAACAUGAGCUAGGAGAGGUGUCUCAAGAAGAUCCUGCUUACUCAAAAAAUCUUUCUUCUUCUUUUCUUUUGUUUUCUUUUUUUAAUUGAGAAGCUAAGUGUCUGCCAUUUUAAAAUUUCUUAUUUUAUUUAAAGGGAAACCAGUGCCUUGAAAAUGAGACUAAAUAUUGCCAUCUUCUUUGGGGCUCUCUUUGGUGCUUUGGGGGUUUUACUCUUUUUGGUGGCCUUUGGAUCGGAUUAUUGGCUUCUUGCAACUGAAGUGGGGAAGUGUUCAGGUGAACAGAAUAUAGAGAACAUCACUUUCCACCAUGAAGGAUUCUUCUGGAGAUGUUGGUUUAAUGGGAUUGUGGAAGAGAAUGAUUCCAGUAUCUGGAAGUUCUGGUACACCAAUCAGCCAGCAUCCAAGAACUGUGCACAUGCUUACCUGUCGCCAUAUCCCUUUAUGAGGGGAGAGCACAACUCAACCUCCUAUGAUUCUGCUAUUAUUUACCGUGGUUUCUGGGCAGUCCUGAUGCUUCUGGGGGUCAUCACCGUGGUGACUGCAAGCUUUCUGAUCAUCUGUGCAGCUCCCUUUGCAAGCCAUGUUCUCUAUAAAGCCGGUGGAGGUGGUUACCUUGCUGCAGGCAUCCUGUUUUCCCUGGUGGUGAUGCUAUAUGUCAUCUGGAUCCAGGCAGUGGCUGACAUGGAAGACUACAAAAACAUGAAAAUGAGAGACUGCUUGGAGUUCGCCCCUUCUGUUGUCUAUGGCUGGUCAUUUUUCCUGGCCCCGGCAGGGAUAUUUUUUUCUUUGCUAGCUGGAUUACUGUUUCUAGUUAUUGGGCGGCAUAUACAGAUACAUCACUAAUCAAAUCAUUGCCACCAGCAUUUUCUUGAGAGAUUUUAGAACAGAGCAUUUCUUUUUCAUUUUGUUUUGGUGAUCCCAGCAUAGAAUUAGUUGUUGAGCUGGUAUUUGAAUUUUGCUUUUACAUUUUACUUGUGAUUUCCUCUAAUAGGAAGGUCCUAGAAUAUUUCCGGACAUCCACAUGUUUCCAUCCUCUGUAGGUGCUAUCAAGAACCUAGUUCUCUUAGGAGCAGGUAAGAUGGGCCUCCCUUUCACUGCACCUGUUAGAGCUCAUGCAGGUUACAAAGGCCUGAUAAUGGCAUAACAAACACCCCCCCCCUUCGCCAGUGAAGCUUUGACUUAAAACUUCCUUCUUGACAUUCACUUCUGCUGAUAUUUAAAAAACAAAA